CGUCUCGCCUGCGCAGUGAGCAGGCAGCUUCAGUGGACUUAACUUGCGCUCCCUAGUUUGCGCUCCUGGGCUUGGCCUCAAACUGAAUAUCGUUUUCAGAAAAAGUCACUCACUACUUAUUGCAAUCUGUGAUGAAGGGAGAUAUUUAGUGCGGUGGAGUGAUGCUCGUAUCGGUAUCGGUAAUAUUUGUGAGGUGAAACAUCAGGAGAUCUUGUUGAAUCUCUCUCUCUCUCUCUCUCUCUCUCUCUCUCUCUCUCAUGUGUGCAUUGGCCGGGCCACCACAUGCCAGGCACCUCUUCCCGUCGCUCACCAAACCUGCAGAAUCAAAAUAAACAAGACAGCCAUUUCUGCCUGCCUUCAGCUGUCCUGCCUUUGUCGCUGCCUGUCCCUUAUACUUACUGACCCGUCGCCCAUUCGUCAUCAAUAUGUGGGAUUUCCCUUCUCUGCCGCUAUUGUAAGGGUGCAGCUGCUUGUUUGGGAUGGCGCCGUCCUGGUGGCACGCGGCGGUGGUGGUGGCAUCGGUGGUGGUGGUGAUGCCUCCUGUGGUCUCUCCUUGCUCCUGUGAACUACGUCACCCACAGCAACACGUGUGUGACGCCGAUUAUGUGGUGUUUGCCCGCGUUCGCCGCCUCACCACAACACUAGAUGGACAAGAAGCUUACAAAGUGCGAGUGAAGCGAAAAGUAAAGGGAUCAGAGAAGGUGGAACUUAUGUUGCAGAAAGGCCUGCUAUACACUUUACCAGGGACUUGCAAGGCGGGACUUCUACCUCGUACCUCCUACGUCAUCAGUGGCCAUGUGGCUGGCUCCAAGCCUUGGGUGUCACUGUGUGACUUUGCGUCUCCCAUCAGAAAUCUGACACCCAAGAUGAAGAAGGGAUUCAAGCUUCUCUAUCAGAAUGGCUGUGAUUGCCAGGUGUGCUUACGAGGACCAGAAGAACGUUGUGAGUGGCUGCAGGGUCGCCUUUACCGCCGUUGCAUGAAGACACUACGCCACAACAGGACAGCUCUUGCGCUACCUCACCACAACAGCAUUCGGUUAAUGGCUGAUGGAUCUCGCCACCGAAAACUUUCAAAGUUCGCUUAUAAACGCCGGAUGGCACUCUGGAGGCGGCUUCGGCAACCUCAACCUGCUAUUGGUUACAUCCCUAAGAAAUGGUAAUGACCCGUCUUAAACAACUUUUUCCUUCUUUUCCUGCUGUCUUAGCCACAUACAUAGCGCAGUGCCAUUAAAGCAACAUGCUAACUGACACUGACACUUGCACAACUUAACAAAUAUUAUUUUACUAGUCUGUUGUACGCUUGUUGCCCUAACCCAGUUUGGAACAUGUUCCAUACUGGAUUGGCAUGUAUACCACUUUGAAAUAGAUAUAGACUGUCCAUGUGAUGUGAUGCAGUCUUCUUAAUACUAAGAGGUAUAUUCUUUACCACAUUUGGAACAUACCUCCAUGUUUUAGGUGUGUACCAGGAUGAAUUGAAAUAUGCUCUGUUCUGCACUAUGUUGUGUCUUGGUGUACUAUGGAUCACAUUACACUUGUGGAAAGAAAGGUUUGUGAUGUUCCCUAUCCUGUAAUAAAGUUGUAAUGCCAUUAAAUAAAUAGAAAAUGUU